AUGUCAGCUGCUACUCAGUCUGCACCCGCCGUCAACGGCAUCUCGUCGCCUACCAAGGUGGCCCUCGACAACAGCAAGGCGUUCCAGAAGAUCGCCUCGGUACCACUGGUCUCGGACUCGCUCCAAUUUGCUCAGUCCACCAUCAAGUCGUACCCUCUCCUCGCCACGACCUACGGCUACGGCGAGAACUUUGUCAACUCUUCGUUGAGGAUGGCCGAGCCCAUCACCAACCAGAUCCACCCUCAGCUCGCAUACGUCGACUCGCUCGCCGCCAAGUCGCUUGAUUUCGCCGAGAGCAAGUGGAGCUACCCCUUCCACGCCAACACCCAGGAGCUCAUCGACGCUGCCAAGCUUCCCGCUGACCACGCCGUUGGCUUCGUCUCGGCCUACGCUGCCGCCAUCCAGAAGGCCUACGGCGAGCGUGUCUACACCCCUGCCAAGUCGGCUUACGACUCUCACAUCGUCCCCGCCUACGACACGGCCCACUCCAAGUUUGACGAGAUCAAGAGCCAGAACGCCGUCCUCCAGCGUGCCACCGACAUUGUCACUGGUCUCCAGGCCAACCUUGUCAAGACGCUAGAGACCAUCUCGUCGCGCAGCAAGCAGGAGGGCGACCAGGCCACCGAGAAGGCGCAGGGCAUCUCGAACGCCAUCUUUGCCGAGCUCGAGCGCGUGCGUCACUUUGCGUCCAACCUGCCCGCCGAGAGCCGCAAGCGCGUCGGACCUGUGAUGGACACCUUUACCGAGACCUACGAGAAGCUCAGCAAGGAGGCUCGCAACCCCGAGGUCCCCGCUAGCACCCGUUUCCUCAACGUCGUCAAGUUUGUCCGCGAGCAGUCGCUCCCCGCGCUCCAGAAGGCCAUCAUCAACCCCCCUUCCUCGACGCAGCAGAAGGCAGAGGAAAAGGUCGACUCGGCUGCUUCGGCGGUCAAGGGCGGCAAGUGA